UCUACGUGCCACGCAGAUCGGACGUAUUCGACUCACAGAUUGGUUUCGGUUCGGUGCGGUUCGAUUUUAAGUGAGAAUACUCAGUGAUUGGAAUUUUGAUAUCCAAUUUGAAAAUAUUCGAAGUGAUACUUGUGGUACCAACUUGUUUUUGAACAAUGCCACGCAAGAAGCGUAGUUCCAGUCCCACGGAGUUCUUUGAUGACGACUUCGAUGAGGAUGCCAGUUCUCAAAGCUCCCAGCCGCCAGUGCAGCGAAAUGCGGCAAAUGCCCGGGAGCGGAUGCGUAUGCGGGUGUUAUCCAGCGCAUACGGACGUUUGAAGACCAAGCUGCCCAACAUUCCGCCGGACACGAAGCUCUCCAAGUUGGACACGUUGCGUUUGGCCACGCUUUAUAUCAAGCAGCUAAUUACGGCCGUGGAGACAGGCAGCCACUCGCAGAACCAUCCGCACAACCACAACCAGCACCACAGCCUCAACCACAGCCACUCGAGCACCACCAGUUCCGAAGGCCUGGACACAAGUCACAUGGCAGAUUCGUCCGGUGGAGGCAAUUAUCAUUUCCACAACAACGGACACGGCAUGAGCUGGCCCUUUGAGUUCCACCAGAGUAGCCGGAGUUUGGCAUUUGCCCCAUCACCAUCAACCACCUCUUCCGCCCGCAUGGAUUGGCAAGCUCUGCAUCCGCAAUCCUAUCCGAAGUCCACGCGAAGCGAAACCCAUGUUUCGGCGGAUCUUAGUUACCAUCAGUUGCCGGAGUCACACAGUCACUGGUAUCCGGCGGAAGUGCAUCAAAUGGAGCCAGCGGCCAGCUGUUCCUAUGACUCUGGAAUGGGGCAGCAUCAGCGCGGCAUAGCUAUAGCCACUAGCCACGCCCAUGGCAUUUAAGCGGAUAUUAUAAAUAAUGUUCUCACCCAAGCCAAAUGUAUUUACCACCUACUUACACUUAGUAUUAAAUCGUGAUUUAAUUUUACGCGUUUCCGUAUGUGCAAGCCUGAACAUAUGCUAUAAGGCCAAAGAUUGGUGUUACCUCAUGAUCAUUUA